AUUCAAUACUGGCGAAGAAUUGCUUUAGGAUAAUGGGACAUACAAGAAUUGUAGUAUUAUACUUUCAAGGCUGGAUUAUGAAAAUAAUGCGCCCCGAUUGUACUAGAAUUUAGGAUAUUUUCCUUUUGAAAUUUUCCGUUUGCAAAUGUCACUGAACUUGACUGCGUUAAUUGUAAAGUUAAAAGUAAUAAAGGCUGAAGGAAUCUCCAGACUAGGCGAUCACCAAUUUGACAGGGUUAAAACGAACAUUUAAGGGUACUUUUCACUACUUAUUUGCCUAAUUCGUAAUAGAACUGUAAAUUAGGUUCAUUAUGCCGUUCAGAAGUCAUUUACCAGAUGUACAACUUUCAGAAAAAUCAUUAUCAGAAUUUGUUUUUCACCAAAUAAAAGAUCUUGGAGAUAAAAUUGCUUUGGUUGACAAUUCAAUCGGUGGAAAGUCGUUAACAUUCAAGCAAGUCUAUGACCAAUCAAGAAACUGUGCUGGGUAUUUACAUAAAGCGGGACUUGGCAAAGGUGAUGUUGUUGGCCUUUGUUCUCCUUCUUCACUCAAGUUCCCAGUGGCAAUGUUGGGUAUCCUUGCCUGUGGCGGUGUUGUCACUCCUUGUAACCCUGCGUAUAGCGUAGGAGAAAUAUUACAACAAUUUCAAAUUUCAAAACCAAAGAUGGUAUUUGUACACGAAGAAAGCUUGAAUGCAAUGAAGGAAGGCCAGAGAAAAACUGAUUCUUUAGAGAAAAUGUUUAUCAUUGGAGAAAGCAAUGAAUUCACAACAAUGAGCGAGAUGAUUGGUGACGAAUAUAGUGAAGAUUUCCCAAAGCACAUUGCUAUCAACGCUGACAAAGAUGUAGCUAUAUUGCCGUAUUCUAGCGGAACGACGGGUCUCCCAAAAAGCGUUAUGCUAAGUCACAGGAAUUUAACAUCCUCCUUCUUGAUAUUUCGUGACAGAGUACAACACGAAACCUCAGAUAUUUCAUACUCGGACCGUCCAAUGUAUCAUGCGGGUGGAUUCUGGGAGUUAAUUAGAUCACUAUCUAUGGGACAAAAGCUUGUUUUGGAGAAAGAGUUUGAUACGAAGACUAUGCUACGAGCGAUUGAAAAAUAUAAGAUCACCGGUCUUAUGACGGUACCAUCAAUCCUAAUUCAACUAGUUAACGAUGACACCAUCGCAAAUUACGAUGUAACCAGUCUUAAACUAGUAGCAUGCGGAGGGGCAGCACUUUCUCAGGACAUAUUAAAGAAAAUAGCACAAAAGUUCGAUGUCAUCAUAAGACCAGGAUUACUCACUUGUAUUUAUCAAGCGUAUGGAAUGACAGAAUGUCCUUGUAUCGCCUUCCAUUUCGGAGAAGAUAGUUUAUUUGACGGCGUUGGAAACAUUUGCCCAAAUACGAAGGUCAAGAUAAUUGAUCUGCUAACGGGAAAGGAACUUUCUGAAAAUGAGACUGGAGAAAUUCUUGCACAAGGACCCCAGGUCAUGAAAGGAUACAUGGGAAACCCAGAUGCAACAGCACGAACUAUUACGAAAGAUGGAUGGAUGCACACCGGUGAUAUCGGAUAUGUUGAUCAUGGUGGAAUAUUGUAUAUAAUUGAUCGCAUCAAAGAAGUCAUCAAGUACAAAAGCUUUCAGGUGUCACCUGCAGAGCUAGAGAGUGUCAUAUUGAAACAUCCCAAAGUCGAGGAUGUAGGAGUUAUUGGAAUUCCUGAUACUUAUGCAGGUGAACUCCCAAAAGCCUUUGUCGUGAAAAAGGUUGAUAAUCUAACCAAAGACGACGUGGAUGCUUUUGUGAAAGGCGAACUGGCUGAUUACAAACAACUGAGAGGUGGAAUUGAGUUUGUUAAGAAGAUUCCAAAAUCAGCCACAGGGAAGAUUCAACGUAUUGAAUUGAAAAAAAUGGCCGGAACUAAAUAAAAUAAACGUGCAAUUGUCAAAGUUGUUAGAUAAUUUUGUUUCAAUGAAAAUAGCAUGAUGAAAAUAUAACCUGUUCAUAGUUUCCAAAAUGAUUUUUUAAACUCAUGGCUAUGGCUAUGGCAUUCGUAUUCAAUUGAAUUUGAAAACGGAGAUUCGUUGCGAACACUUGGCCUCAAAUGAUGAUAAUAUGUUUUCGAUAUUUUCAUCAAAUGACGCUGAAUUAAAUACAUAU